GGAGGCUAACGGGAGGAGCCGACGCGGGGUGUGCGCUGAGUCCGAGUCCGCAGGGGCACCCCCGUGUCAGGGAGGCUUCCUCGAGGCGCACAUGCUCUGGCGGUCUGCCUGGGUGGCCAGGCUCCUGCGGAAUCCGAGGGCAGCGUGUGCCCCCUGGGAGAAGGCGGGGCUGGCCCAGCUCCCCAAAAGUCAGGUUUCUGUGGUGUGGGCCGAGGCUCUGACGUUGCCGCACGCGGCGCUGCUUACCCUGGGCCGGGCACGUUGAGAGCAGUUACGUGAAGCGGGCGGCUGACCGGGAGAGCCCAUGGUCCAACUGCAUGUCCUUAGUGGCCGUUCCCUCCAGGCCGUGGCACUGGCCGUGACGGGAACCCCAUGACCACGGGAGGCCCCCGUGGUCGGAGGGUGGGGCUCUCCUCAGGGGGUUUCUUGGUCUUUCUGGACCGGGAGGUGUUCGCGAGGGAGACACACAAGUCCUCUGCCCUCAAGAGGUUGGUACUUGUGCCUGUUCAAGGCGGAUCCUGAUCCUGAUUGUGCCUGUUCAAGCCAAAAUGAAGAUGUCGCUCUGUUCUGUGUGUGAAGGAGUGAGUUCUGGGUCACAAACCUGAGUGACUUGGAGCUGUUUUGAAGGGAGGGCCCCAUGCCCCCACAUGUUUGCUGGGAGAACAAAUUAGGGCAGCCUCUUUGCAGGGGACUCUGACCGUGUUUACCCAAAUUAAGUUAUUUUUGUUGUGAGGCCCCCGGUGAGCACUGGGAGGGCCUCAACCCGGGAACCACCCACUGUGAGCUCAGGAGCCCCCACAUUGGCUCAGCGUCCUUUCCUGCCCCCCCCAGCUGCAGCCCCGCUGCCCCUCCCAGGAGGGCGUGCCUGCAGCAUCCGCUCCCGGCUGGUCCCUCCAGCAGAUGGCCGCAAGCGUGUGUGCGUGUGCAGUGUGUGUGCCGCAGGCCGGACGUCACUGGCCGCACAGACGUCUGUGAACCAGGAGUUCCAGCCCGGAGGAGACUGCUGUUCUCCCCUGCUGUCCGCUUCCCCCGUUUGAGAAAUCGGAGAGCUACAGACGCUUACAAACCCGUAGAUCCACCAUCCAGAACAAAAUUUUUUGUUUUUUUUCUUUUUUGUGCGAAAGAAAAUACUAAUACUGAAGUUCAAGCAUCUCCAGUUUUAAGAAACAAGUGACAUUUAUUAGGCUUUUAAAAAGUUGGAUUAUGAAGGUCGUACAUGCUCAUUUUUCGAAAAACUGGAGAAGACGGGGACGUGCUGAGAAAACUCGGACAUCCCCUGCACCCUGUGACUUCCGAACACCGGGGGGGUUACCUGCCCGUGCCUGGAGCUCUUGCAGGACACGGCCUGGCGGCCAGCUCGUGCCCUCCCCGCUGACCUCCGUAGACCCCAUCUGGACCCUUUGGAACCAGUUCUCGGUAUCAAAUGGUGCUGCCGUGGACCUCCCCUCUGUGCAUCUCUGAUUGUUUUCUGAGGGUACAUUUUAAGGAGAACAACCUGGGAGCAAAGGGCUUGUAUUUUCUGAGGUUUUUAAAUUUUGUCUUAUCCUGGAAGUGAUACUGAAUUACCCUUUGGGAGGGCCAAGUUGGUGCCCUCGUCAGAGGGGCCCCCCGGGUCCUGGGGGCAGCCUGGCUGCCAAGGCCUCUUGGUUGACUCAGGUGUCAGCCUCUCCGGGCAGCUCCCCAUCAUGGACACUCCUUGCCACUUGUCCUACGGCCGAAUGGGAGUGUGGGGGGACCCGCCAGGCCUGGGCUUGGAUGGCCGGUUCUCCCAUCAUCUUGUGGUGUCGGGCAGGGGACUUUCCCUCUUGGGUUCUCUGGGGUUGUUGCUGUGACCACCUCUCGCAGCUUCCACCCCCAGCCCUGCUUGCGGAGUCGGCCGAGGCCCCACAAGGGAGGAAGAUGGGCGUAGCCCUGUUUUCCAGUUCUGUGUGGCCAGCGCCGGGCUCCAGCUUCUCACGGCUGCCGUCUGGCUCAGGAUGGUGCUGCUUCUCGGGCCCCGGCAGACGCAGGCGGCUUGCUCCCCUCUCCCAGUGAGGAGGCAGGAGGUGUCUGUGCUUUGAGACCCUGGAGGGGAGGCCCCCCCGCCCUGGGAGACCUGGACCGGGCACCACCUCUCCCAGGAGAGGGCUGGGAGAAGCAGCUUUUCCGGCAGCCGGGCUGCCCUGCUCCUUAGCACCCCAGAGGACACUGUCCACUCCACCGCACACCCCGGGACGUCUCCGUCGUACUCUCCCCAGCAAGAAUCCGGCCAGAGAGGCUGGUAGCAGGUUUUCUAGUUGCACACUCUGUUUAGUUUUCCGCGCCGCUGUAGGGGAACAGGAGGGUCUGCAGGAAGUGGGGACAGGAAACCUGGCAGGCUACGCUGCUUUGCCCCUCGCCAGCUCUCUUUCUUCCCGAAACUGGCAUGUCUGACGCGCUCAUGGCAUUACUGUUUCCUUACCGCGUGUCAGGUUUCUUUAUGCUAACAGAAGUCCGGAGAUGUGGAACCAGCCCCCAGUCCACCUCUGAACCCUGUGUGGGGGUCAGGACAAGGGCGCGGAGAAGUGGUAGGACACCGCGGCUCCAGAAGACCGCCUCCCUCAUCUGGGAGUGACGUGGCUCUGGUGCAUCUGAGGGCUCGCCGUCCGGUGGGGGCUGUGGGGCGUUGAGGAAUAUUUGCCCGGCACCUCGGAGCAAGGAGCCGCAGCUGAGAGGGUCCUCGGAGGCCCGCGGGGUCUGCUGCGGUGUGGCCGGCCUGCACGGAGACUGUGUGGAGCCCCAGCUGCCCCAGAGCCAGCGUGCUGAGCAGCCCGAGUUCAAGGCAUCACCCUGUUCCGGCAGCUCCCCCUGCCCUGGAGCGUCUGUCUGGUUAGGUCCAUCAAGCUGGCGUGAUGCUGCCCCAUCCCGUGAUGUCCUUCCCACGCCUGCUCUGUGCUCUGGCCUCCCAGCGGCUGGCCCCCUGGAGAGGCAGCGGAAGCAGCCCCCUGCACACCACCCCAGCCGUCUGUGCUGACGGGAGCGCCCCGGUGUACACCCGCGCCCUGGCCUUUGCGGACAGGAUUGCUCUGGUUGACCAGCAUGGCCAGCACACGUACAGGGACCUUUACAACCACAGCCUGCGCCUGUCCCGGGAGCUGUGCCGUGUCCUCGAGCGUGCUGAUGGGGACCUCCAGGAGGAGAGGGUCUCCUUCCUGUGCUCCAACGACGUCUCCUACGUGGUGGCACAGUGGGCCUCAUGGAUGGGCGGAGGCAUUGCUGUCCCCCUCUACCGGAAGCACCCCCAGGCUGAGCUGGAGUAUUUCAUCCGGGACUCCCGGAGCGCUGUGGUCCUCGCCAGCCAGGAGUACCUGGAACUCCUGCACCCGGUGGUCAGGAAGCUGGGGGUCCCCCUGCUGCCCCUCCCACCCACGGUCUAUGGUACGGCCCCUGAGGAGCCUGGGGCGUGGGGGGUGCCUGAGCGGAACUGGAGAGACCGAGGCGCCAUGAUCAUCUACACCAGCGGGACUACGGGGAGGCCCAAGGGCGUGCUGAGCACUCACGGCAACAUCAGGGCCAUGGUGACGGGGCUGGUCCACAAGUGGGCGUGGAGUAAAGACGACGUGAUUCUCCAUGUCCUCCCGCUGCACCACGUGCACGGCGUGGUCAACAAGCUGCUGUGUCCACUCUGGGUGGGGGCCACCUGUGUGAUGCUCCCUGAGUUCAGCGCACAGCUGGUUUGGGAAAAGCUCUUAGGUGGUGAGAGCCCGCGGAUUAACGUGUUCAUGGCGGUGCCCACGAUCUACGCCAAGCUGAUGGACUAUUACGACAGACAGUUCACCCUGCCUCACGUCCAGGCUUUUAUCCGCGCAGUUUGUGAGCAGAGAAUUAGGUUGAUGGUCUCAGGGUCGGCCGCCCUGCCCCUACCCGUGCUGGAGAGGUGGCAAGGCAUCACGGGCCACACUCUGCUGGAGCGCUACGGCAUGACGGAGAUCGGCAUGGCCCUGUCCAACCCCUUGACCGCCGCGCGUGUGCCAGGCUCCGUGGGGACCCCGCUGCCAGCCGUUGAAGUGCGCAUAGUCUCAGAAAACCCGAAGAAGGAGGGCUGCCCCUACGUGCUCCACGCAGAAGGAAACGAAAGGGAGACGCAGGUGACCCCAGGGUUCAAGGAGAAGGAAGGGGAGUUGUUGGUCAGAGGGCCAUCUGUGUUCCGAGAAUACUGGGACAAACCAGAAGAAACGAGACGUGCCUUCACCUGGGAUGGCUGGUUCAAGACAGGCGACACAGCAGUGUUUAAGGACGGCACCUACUGGAUCCGGGGCCGCACGUCCGUGGACAUCAUCAAGAGCGGUGGCUACAAGGUCAGCGCCCUGGAGGUGGAGCGGCUGCUGCUGGCGCACCCCAGCAUCACAGAUGUGGCUGUGAUUGGAGUUCCAGACAUGACGUGGGGCCAGCGGGUCACUGCAGUGGUGACCCUUCAAGAGGGACACUCGCCGUCCCACAGGGAGCUCAAAGAGUGGGCAAGGGGUGUCCUGGCCCCGUAUGCUGUGCCCUCGGAGUUCCUGCUGGUGGAGGAGAUCCCGCGGAACCAGAUGGGGAAGAUCAACAAGAGGGACCUCGUCAGGCAGUUCUACCCGGGCGACCAGGGUGCCCCGAAGCCGGGCACCAGUGAGCCAGCAUCCCCUUUAAGCUAGGGGGAGCAGAGUGGGCCCACAGAAGUGAGGGCACGGCGAGGCCUCGUCAGCCCCGGCUGGCUUUCGGUCGGACCUCUGCUCCAUCCCCACCCCACGCUGGCGCCUGGCCCCGUGUGCCGUCUGCCGGGCGGGCCCCCGUGGGGCUCAGCAGUGUCCCCGAGGGCAGCAGGCCUCCCAGCAAAACUCAGGAAACUGCACCACACCCACUCCACGUGGCCGGGCUUCCAGCUCCCGUGGCCUUCCUCGUGGUACCUGGACCCACAUGCCACUGGAAAAUCAGGUCGAGCCGUGUGGGGCCCUCACCUAAUCCCACUGAUCUGACGUUGUAUCUCUCGGUACUGAAUAUUGUGAUUCCCAAAAAUAUUGCGUAAUUAUUUGGUUUAUGCUAUGAUUUUUAUCAAGUUUCAAACAGUCGUCAUCUUUGGCUGAGGAGGCCACAGA